AUGGAAAUUGAGCUUGGACUAUCAAAAGAGGAAAAUGGUAGAACAGGGGUAAGAGGAGAAUUGUUUUUAAAUUUUGAGGAGGUUGGGAGGAUUCAAAAAUAUUUAAUGGAGAAUUCGGGUAUUUUUGGUUUUGAGCUAUCACCAGAGCCGGUAGUUGAUACUAACAAGAAAGGCUCAAAGAGGAAGUCAACAUCUAUAGGAGCCAAGGUGAACUCCAUUGGCGUUUCGACAGGAGAAAAGAAAAAGUCCCGAAGUUCGCGUCCAUCUUAUUCAAGAGAGCUAAAAGCGCUUUUAGAAGAUGGAAUGAGCAUUCUGGAAUCAAAGCAUGACAGUAAGGGAGGGAGUUCUCAAAGUUCAGUAGGCCAAAGAGGUAAUAUUGAGGACUCGCAAAGAAAACUUCCAGAUUGGGCUAAGAGGUUUCACAGAAUCCUCAAAGUUAUUUCCCAACAGGAGGUCUUCUCUCCUUUUGUUUCAACAGUUAAUAUUAAAAACUUCGAUUUAUAUGUAAACGGGGAUAGUCUUUUUUCUAGAGAUGAAGAAGAUGAGGGGAGUUGCGAAGGUAGAUUUUCACAUGAAAAUAAGAAUAAAGAAAUUGACCGACUAUUUUUAAACACUGAACAGUUCUUCAACUAUAUAGAAAAAUGCAGUCCAAUCAAGCCAAUCUCUCUGAACUGCAUCAUUAGCAAGCUUGAAAAUAAUGAAUACUCGUCAGCUGCGCAUGUUUUUUGUGAUAUAUAUUCUGUUUGGAUUUGUGGUUUUCGCUCAGUAGAGCCUGGGAAAACAUUAUGGACCAAAGCAGUAGAUGCUUCUCUUAAUUUUAAUUUAAAGCUUUUAAAUGAACCUCUACAAGAUGAUUUCUUAUUAACUUAUCCGGGAGGUGUUCCUAAAGGAUCUGGUAAAAAUUCAAAGUCAAUGAUUGACGGAUCACCUAGUAUGGAACCUCCGAAGAAGAUCCAAAAUACUGGAAAAAAUGCAAGCUCUACAAUCUUUGAUGAUUCUGGAAAGGACUCCACCUAUCAUGCUUUUAGCAGAAGCAAAAAAUCAUCCUCCAACAACCAAUUAUCACAAAACUCCUCAGGUUCCAAGUCUAGUAAAGCCACAAAAAAACAAUCCCAAGCUUCUUCUUAUGGUAACAAAGGAAUCACCGAACCCGAGAGACAUGAGUUCCAGUCUCUCCUUAGCCAACUUUCUCAAAAUGACCAUGUUGAAUUAUUCAAUUCAUUUUUCUUCACUGCUCAUUGGAAAGAAGUCAACUCUGGAGAAGUGGAACUUGAUGACCAUCAAACCCCUCCAAAUGUAUUCCGCGAAAUGAUUAAAUGGUGCAAAACCAAACUCAAUAUUCCUAUAAUAGAAGCUUCAUCUUCCAAAAAAGAUACAACCUCCUCUAAUAAGAGUGCAUGCAAAAAAACCCGCCAAAUGAAGGCGCCAUCUGGAGUUCAGUCUUCUCAAAAGAAGAAAUCACAAUUGUCAGCUAAGCAAUUCUUUUCAUCCGGAAGGGCAUUCAGUUCUCCAUCAUCGUCAUCGGCCAGUGAGGAUGAGGAUGAUGUUUCUUUAUCUGGCAACUUACAGAUUUCUCAGCAGUGGGCAUCCACUUCUUCAUCUGGUGAAUCAGAUAGUGAACCAGAACUGACUAGUUUUUACCCACACUUUAACUCUAAAUAA